AUGUCCGCUGCGGCAUCGACCUCAACGAGUCCAACGGUUGUUCGCAGCCAUUCGUCCUCCCGCCCUCACGCGCAUCAUCGCCCCCCAUCAUCGGAUCUUCCCCACAGGACUCGAAGCACAACCGCCAGGCCCCCGUCAUCUUAUUCCCAACAACACUCCUCCUCACGAUCUCAAUCGUACGACCGUCGACCUCCCUCCAAUCAGGCCGCUUUUGCAAACAUAGCACGUCGAGAUUUCGAGAAUUCUAACCUUGCCCGUCCGUCCACCUCUCGCAGAGACUCCUCUCGGGAACGUUCUCAGGAGCGCCCGCUCACCUCCCACCGCCCCGACCCAGCUCGGGCCCCUCAACACCACGGCACCGCCUCUCGACAUAGACGAAACUCAGUCGAUAUGCCUGGAACCGUUGUUGAUGCGAAUGCGGCCAACGUCGCCGCCGCCGCUGCUUCGGCGCAACAAGCAGGCCACAGUAACCCAGUUCAGCCCAAACGACGCACCAUGAUAUCCACGCCAACGGGUCAAUGGGCUCUCGGUAAGACUAUCGGUGCUGGAAGCAUGGGCAAAGUCAAGAUUGCCAAAAAUAUAGAAACGGGCGAGCAGGUCGCUGUCAAGGUUGUUCCGAGGCAAACCACCGAGGAACAUCGAAGUGGAAGAGACGCUGAGCGCGCCGACCGGUCAAAAGAAAUUCGUACCGCGAGAGAGGCCGCCAUCGUGUCCCUCGUGGAUCAUCCGUAUGUUUGCGGCAUGCGUGAUGUCGUUCGUACCCCUUAUCACUGGUACAUGCUCUUUGAAUACGUCAACGGUGGCCAGAUGCUGGAUUAUAUUAUAUCACACGGCAAACUGAAAGAGAAGCAAGCGAGGAAGUUCGCUCGGCAAAUUGCCAGUGCUUUGGAUUAUUGUCAUCGCAACAGUAUCGUUCAUCGCGAUCUCAAGAUCGAAAACAUCUUAAUUAGCAAGACCGGUGACAUCAAGAUUAUCGAUUUUGGUUUGAGCAAUCUAUUUUCACCGAGGAGCCAUUUGCGUACAUUCUGUGGAAGUCUGUAUUUUGCCGCUCCAGAAUUACUGCAGGCGCGCCAGUACACAGGCCCUGAAGUAGACGUUUGGAGUUUUGGUAUUGUCCUUUAUGUCCUCGUCUGCGGCAAGGUUCCUUUCGACGACCAAAGCAUGCCAAACCUUCAUGCCAAAAUCAAAAAGGGUGAGGUCGAGUACCCACAAGGUUUGACAUCAGUUACAGAUCCAAAGAAACGGGCCAGCUUGGCCGAAAUUAUGAAUCACCCGUGGAUGACGAAAGGCUUCAAUGGGCCACCAGAAAACUACCUCCCGGUACGAGAACCGCUUCAGCUUCCGUUGGAUCCAGAGGUGGUAGAGAAGAUGACGGGUUUCGACUUUGGCCCUCCUGAAUUUAUUACGGCUCAGUUAACAAAGACCUUGGAAUCUGAAGACUACCAAAUUGCUGCGAGAUCUUUUACUCGAGAAUCAGCAACUCCAAACCCAAGCAGCGACAAGAGAAGAGGUGUCUUUGAUUUCUAUCGACGACGGAACUCGGCAAGCAGAGAGACCUUGUCCAAUUCCUCUGUCGAGGCAGUCCAGACCGGAAGCGAUCCUCUUAAUGCCUACAGCCCUCUCAUUUCGGUCUAUUUUCUAGUCAAGGAGAAGCUUGAUCGGGAAAGAGCCUCAAAGAAUCCGGGAGCUCUUUCUAUUCCGUCUGACACCGUAUUAAAAAUGCCCGAUUUAGCCGCACCCGAAACCGCACAUACUAAUCAAUAUGAUGUACCCGGAGUGAAGGAUACCAGCAGCAGAAGCCGCCCACGAGCCAGGACUCAUGGCGAUGACGAUUUGGCCGACGGAAUCAAGAAACUUCACGUCAACCAGUCCGCUAGUCCAAAUACUAACCCGACGAUUGUUACACCGCAAGGUGACUCGCCCGCCAAGAAGGAGAGUACUGCAGCUGGUAUUCUGAGGCGCUUCAGCACCCGUAGAGUGAAAGACCGAGGCCGUGAAUCUGGCGAAAGAGAGAAACACUUUCCACAAACUGUACCAAGUCUCAAUGUUCAGCCGCCUGCCGACAUGGCCUCAACACCGCAUCGUGGUUUUAGUAUCCGCAGAACAAGGCGUGCCGAGCCAUCACCGACUACUCUGCAUGAGUCAAGCAGCCAAACACAACAAGACCCGCUCCAGCCCCCCAGGUCAGCAGGAGGACCACUUCAAGAGACGCGAUCCAACAAGUACUUGGAGAGAUCUACGAGCGUCAACUCUGCUGACUAUCGAUCCCGCAGAUUGGCGCGAAAGUACGGUGCGGAUGGCAAUGGCUCCAAUCUCAAUGAGCCGCCUCUUACAAGUGGAUCUGAUGGUCUAGGUGGCAGUGACAUUGAGAAACAGAAGCCUAGUCUUGGAGAGUCGGCUCCGUUGAAUGAGACCAAACCUGCACCACGAUCAGGGGCUAUGCGGGCCAAGUCUCUUGGUCACGCACGACGGGAGAGUAUACAAGCCCGCAGGGCUCGUCGAGAAGAAGCUAGAGAAGCCACCGUUCCUGAAGAUGAAGAUGACGGCGAUCUAUCAAAUACUGGAAACGCAUUAGAGGCACCAAACACUGGCGAGGACUUUGCCAAACCGGUCUACCUGAAAGGUCUUUUCAGUGUGUCUACCACGAGUAGCAAGCCUCUUCCUUUCAUCCGGGCCGAUAUUAUUCGCGUGCUUAGACAGCUGAACGUUGAGUAUACAGAAAUCAAGGGUGGAUUCAGCUGCCGACAUGCACCUAGCAUUGACCUUGACCGCGUGGUAGAUGCCCGACCUUCGAGCCCGGAAAGACAGGGUCAAGUUUCUGCUCACAGGCGGAGAAUCAGCUUUGGGGGAUUGCGGGCGAAUGAAGAAGCCAGAGACGAUACAAGAGCGGCCCAUGCAUCACGAUAUAACCGGCGCAACCAAGGCCCUCCGGACCGCAGUUUCGUGUCCAAUUCGGAGGCUUCUGAUGAUUAUGGCCAAUCCCAGAACAACGUGGUGGGUGAGCGUGUAGUCGGCGAAACUACGACACGGGUGCAGAGCGAUACUGGCGAAAACCUCGUUUUACGCUUCGAGAUCCUCAUUGUGAAGGUGCCGUUGUUUUCAUUGCAUGGCAUCCAGUUCAAGAAGGUCUCAGGUGGUAUGUGGCAAUACCGAGAAAUGGCCAAGCGGAUACUAGACGCUUUGAGACUUUAG